GGGUUCUCUUUACAUCAUUGCAUGAUUGCGUCGCACUGUAACCGGGAAAAAGGAAACGAAUUUUUGCUUUAUGAAAUGAAAUCUGGGUUUUGAUUAUUUUCAUCCAUUAUAUCCAAAGCAAAGGGAAGAAGUAACAAAAAAAAGAAUUAAAGAAAUUAUGGCAGAGAAACCACAACCAGUGAAAGUUUUAUAUUGUCCCAUAUGUUCUCUUCCAGCGGAGUACUGUGAAUUCGGCCCUGAUUUCGAAAAGUGUAAACCUUGGUUGAUCAGCAACGCCCCUGACCUUUACCCACAUCUCCUCAAAGAGGCUAAUGAAAAGGAGGGUGAGAAGGUUUCUGAACAGCUGCAAUCAGUUGGUAUUUCCUCUGCUGCUGAAGGGGCAGCAUCUUCAGCUCCACCAGGGAGCACGGUGUCAUCUAAACAAGAAGAUGUAAAACGUCUUCCUGGUGGAAAAAUAAAGAAGAAAGAGAAACAAGAAGUUGUCAUUGAAAAGGUUGUACGUAAUAGGCGCAAAUGUAUCACCAUUGUGAAAGGAUUGGAUCUAUUUGGAAUUAAGCUUAGUGAUGCUUCGAAAAAGCUUGGGAAGAAAUUUGCCACCGGUGCAUCAGUUGUUAAGGGACCAACUGACAAGGAGCAAAUUGAUGUUCAAGGAGACAUAUCGUAUGAUAUUGUGGAAUAUAUUACAGAGACCUGGCCUGCUGUACCUGAAACUGCCAUUUUCUUCAUUGAGGAUGGAAAAAAGGUUCCUGCUGCUUGAUGCUAGAACUUGGAGCCAGAGCAGGGGACUGGGUGGGAUUUUAAAGCACAUCGAUGAGUCAGUUCCACUUUAAUUGGACAUAGCAUCUAUUCAUCCGUAGUUGGAUAAUUUUCCCUAAACCUACUUCAUACAUAGCUCACUGGUUCUUGGAUCAUGUUACAGUUUUAAUAUUUUUGGGUUGCAGUAUAAUCUUUUUACAUGUACGGAGUGUUUUUCUUUGAUGGGGAAACACUUGAAGUUCAUUUUCAUGUGAAUGACGAUGGUAUUACAGAAAGAAAGAGUAGAUAGAUGGGAGAAUAUCAUAGCACUUGAAGAACAUUAUAACCAAGUGCUUUUGGUGUAUAAGACAAAAAUAUGAGGUCUUUAAGAUGAAUAUCUUUUUUGGUA